UGUGUCGGUAGAUGAGCGCGUUCGCUCCGAGACUCUGAGGGCAGCUGUUACUCCACUGAGGGUGGUAUAUAUGAAUUACGAAUGGAUACUAAUUUAAACUUAUUACAGAAAUUAUUUUUUUACCUUUUAGUGUUCUGUUUUUGCUUAAUACAUCAAGUGUGUAUUUCGUGGGGCAUUGAAAGAGUGAAUUUAACUAACCACUAUGAAAAUCAUGAAAACGAGAGCAGCGGGAUAAUGCUGGCGAAAUGGGACCCCGGUUCCCAAGCGGAGCAGGAAGCUCAGCUGAACAGCUCCUCGUCAGGGCAAGUUGAAGCGUUGAGGUGGGAAGGUCGCAGAGCCAGGGGUCCCUGCACAUUCCCCUGCUUGAAUGGGGGUCAGUGUGUAUAUCCAGAUUCCUGCAACUGCUCUCUGUACCAAGCCACAGGAACACACUGCCAAACAGUUCCUAAUUCAGGCUUGGAGAGGGAGAUGACCUGUCGCUCAUGGGGGCAAUACAAUUACGAGACCUUCGAUGGACUUUACUACUACUUCCCUGGCAAGUGCAGCUACACACUCCUGAAAGACUGUGAGGAGAAUAUACAGCCAAGUCUGCUCAUACAGGUACACAAUGAUCCAGAAUGCACUUCUUUUCCAUAUUCCUGCACGCGCUCAGUAAGCCUUUUCCUGCCGUGGGAAGGUGAGAUUAGGUUGCAGGACCUCAACGUCACUUUCAAAGGUCAAAGCAUGAAGCUUCCAUAUAACAUCCAUGAUCUUGAGCUGGAGCAGAUUGCGGACUAUGUACUGGUAUCACAGCCUCAGGUAUUCACUUUGGCCUGGCAUGGACUGAAUGGCUCCAUUUACAUUAAAAUGAGCCCUGAGUUUGUAGGCCGCACAUGUGGGCUGUGUGGGAACUUCAACGCAGAUGUUAAUGAUGAUCUCAAGACCAGCUAUGGUGUGUUCACAGAAGAUCUUGCUAUGUUUGGUAACAGUUGGGUGGAGGAAGAGCCACAGAAGGCAACAUGUUCAAUGAUUCCAUAUCUGUACCCAUCUCCAUGCUCUGGACAGGAUUCUCAUGUUUUAUUGAAAGUGGAGGAAGUUUGUGCAACUUUACUGAAAGAGCCAUUUAAAUCCUGCCAUGAGUUUGUCAGCCCAUAUUCAUAUAUGGCCAGCUGCUCAAAUGAUCUUUGCCUGUCUGGUCCCAAUGGUGAUGUAGUUUGCCAGGUGUUCACAGAGUAUGCAAGAGCAUGUGCCCACGCCGAUCACCCAUUAAACAAGUGGAGAACGCAUGUCCCUGUGUGUGGUGUUGAGUGUCCUGCAGAGCUGCAUUACAGAGAGUGCAUCCCAUGUUGUCCUGUGCACUGCCGCACCGAACAAAUGUGCAUUGACAGCAAACUGCAGUGUCUGGACGGAUGCUACUGUCAGGAUGAUCUGAUAUAUGAAGAUGGAUUGUGUGUGAAACCAUCAGAUUGUCCCUGUGAGCACCGUGGAAUGCUCUACCCAUCAGGGCACACCAUACAGGAGGAGUGCAACAACUGCACAUGUAGUGGUGGUGCAUGGAACUGCACAGAGCAAAAGUGCCCAGGGGAGUGCUCUGUUACAGGAGAUAUGUAUUUCCAAUCAUUCGAUGGUCGGGUUUACACAUUCCUGGCUACAUGCCAGUAUGUUUUAGCCAAGAGCCGAAACUCUGGCGGGUUCACUGUGACGAUCCAGAAUGCACCGUGUGGUCCUAAUCUGGAUGGAGCUUGUAUUCAAUCAGUAAACGUGGUCUUGAAUGAGGAUCCUCGUACUGAGGUCACACUCAGCCACAGUGGGGAGGUAUUCAUGGCCAGCCAGUUCCGUAUCUCUCUGCCAUAUUCUGACGAUGUGUUUCAAAUCCAGGAGUUGUCAUCCUUGUUUGUUCAAGUGAAGACUUCGCAGGGCUUACUGCUGCAGUACAACUGGAGAGAAUUCCGUCUCUACCUGCAGCUUGGGGAACUGUGGAGGGACGACACAGUGGGGCUUUGUGGUACCUUCAAUGGCAAUAUACAAGAUGACUUUCUAGCACCCUCAGGCAUGAUUGAGAGCACUCCACAGUUGUUUGGGAAUGCCUGGCGUGUAUCAUCAGCAUGUGUGCCACGGCCAAGUUUACCACAGCUCGACCCCUGUGAUACUCAUCAGCAAGCAGCCUCCUAUGCUGUGGAGAAGUGUGAGGUGUUGAUGCAGGAGGUAUUUGCUGUGUGCCAUGAACACGUGAGUCCAGUGGGAUUCCAGUUGCAGUGCCGGGCUGAUGUGUGCAAGUGUGGAACGCCGUGUCUUUGCUCCGCCCUUGCCCACUAUGCUCGCACCUGUAGGAAACAUAACGUCAUCAUCGAGUUCCGCUCGCAUGUGCCUGACUGCUCUGUGGCAUGUCCAGCAACAAUGGAAUAUGGUCUGUGUGUGUCAUCAUGUCAACGGCGCUGCCUGUCUUUCUCAAUGCCACAGUCAUGCGGAGACGAAUGUGAAGAAGGCUGUGUGUGUCCACAAGGAACAUAUUACAGCACACACACACACUCCUGCGUUAAAAGGAAUGAAUGCCCAUGCAGUUUCCUUGGGACAGAUUACUCUCCUGGAGAUGUGAUCAUGACAUCAUCGGGUGUACAAAUUUGUCGAGAUGGACAGAUUGUCUUACAAAGCACUAUUACUGAUAAAUUGUGCCCUCCUGGGCAGAUUUAUGAGGACUGUGGGAAUAUGGUGGAUGGACCGUCGGUUAGUAAAGGUUUAGCCUGUGACCGCACCUGUGAGUCAUAUCUGCUCAACCUCACCUGCUCCACGCAUGAGCCCUGUGUUCCUGGCUGCGUCUGUCCCACAGGGCUUUUGAAGCAUGGUGAUGAGUGUUUUGAGCCCGUUGCUUGUCCGUGUUUAUGGAAGGGCAAAGAGUAUUACCCAGGAGAUAAAGUGUCCUCUACUUGCCACCUCUGUGUGUGUCAGCAAGGCACAUUCCAGUGCGAGUUCCGGCCAUGUCCCUCAAUGUGCACUGCAUAUGGAGAUCGACAUUACCGUACAUUUGAUGGACUGCUGUUUGAUUAUGUUGGAGCCUGCAAGGUUUACCUGCUAAAGAGCUCAGCUGAUGUAAUGGUUAGUGUCACAACCGAGAAUAUAGACUGCUUUGAAAGUGGUGUGAUCUGCAGGAAAGCUCUUCUCAUCUCGGUUGGAAGAUCCUUCAUUGUGUUUGAUGACGAAACUGGCAAACCUAGUCCAUCCAGCGUGAUUGACAGGCAGAAUGUGUUGAUAUGGAGUGCUGGGUACUUCACCAUCGUUCACCUGUCUCAGUAUGAGCUGUCAGUGCUUUGGGACAGAAAAACCACCAUACAUAUACAGGCUGGACCCCGCUGGCAGGGUAAACUCUCUGGAUUGUGUGGGAACUUUGAUCUGAAAACAGUGAAUGAAAUGAGAACACCAGACAACAUGGACUCAGCAACACCACAGGAAUUUGGCAACAGCUGGACCGCAGCAGAGUGUGUUAACAGUCCUGAUAUAAGGCAUCCGUGCAGUUUGAACCCUCUCCGUGAAGCCUUUGCUAAGAAGCAGUGUGGGAUUUUGCUCAGUGAAGUGUUUCAAGUGUGUCACCCGGUGGUGGAUGUAACAUGGUUCUAUAUGAACUGCCUGGCAGACACCUGCGGCUGCAGUCGUGGUGGGGACUGUGAGUGCUUCUGUUCCAGUGUGGCAGCCUAUGCUCACCGCUGCUGUCAUCAAGGGGUCACUGUUGACUGGCGCUCCCCCUCUCUCUGCCCAUAUGACUGUGAAUACUACAACAAAGUUCUAGGUAAAGGCCCAAUCAGGUUGAUGCCAUUUCGGGAGAGGAACUUGACGUUAGCAGCCAAUCAGACAAGUGGAAUGGUGUACAUGAGGAGAGGAUUGACCGGUACCGAUGGGAUUGUGACGAUGUUCAUGAUGACCCCAGGGCUCAGCAAGAUCCGGCCACAUGACUCAUCGCUAGUAUCGUUGGAAGCGCUGGAUAGGCCAAACUUCUUCCUCCAUGCAGAACGCAGUGGCCAGUUAAAACUGCGCAAGUGGGAAGAGAGCAGGGCAUUCUGGGAUGCAGCAACAUUUAUACUGCAUAGGAACACUUGGAUCUCUGGAUUUGAUUCACUGGAAUCACUAAUGUGGCCUGGAUUCUUCCUGCACUACAUGCUGUCAAGACUCCAGCUCCUAAAGUACAUUCACUCAGAUCGCUACCGCAGAGCUACUCUCUUCAAACUUAUCAAGACUACCACAGUGGGUCCUCAGUGCCAGUGGCGAUAUGAGUCCUGUGUAAAUCCAUGUUUUAGGACAUGCAGUGAUCCAUCUGCUCGAAGCUGUGUCUCCAUUCUAAAGGUUGAAGGAUGUCUCCCUGAGUGUCCAGCUCACAUGGUUCUGGAUGAGGUCACUCAAAGAUGUGUCUAUCUGGAGGAUUGUAUUAAGCCCCCAGUGAUACUUCCAGACCUCAUUCCAACACCUACUGAUACCAUCUUUUCCACAUCCCUGGCUACAUCAAUGGUGUCCACCAUGAGCAGCCUGGAAACAGAAACAAUCAGCACAACUAUUCAGACUACUCCAGAGCCUAGCAGUAUAGCUACAACUACAACAACCAUCACACACACUUCAGCAACGUUGUCCUUACCAAGCACCACUCUUGUGUCAGAGAAAACAGCAACAACAUUGAAAACAUCUGCUUCCUCAUCAAAACCACUGAGCUAUACCCCCAAAACCACUAGAAUGCCCAGCACUGCCUCUCUUACUCCCCUCAUCACGGUCAGGACGAGAACGGCAUCUGCAUCGGUCUUGCCGCCAAUGACCACAACUCUAAAACCAGCGGUGUCUUCUUCACCAUCUAUCAGCACCAGGUCAACUGUAGCCUCCAGUGCAGAUCUACCCUACCCCAGUUCUACAGAACAGCCCAGCAGAGUGAGCGCUCCUCCUGAAGUAUCUCCUCUUUCAGUAUCUACCAGUAGAAUCACCACUGAAUACACUUCCCCAACAUUCCGAGUGUCACCUCUGAGCACCACCAGGACUGAACCCGCCACGGUUUCUCAACUUUCCACUAUUACUACCAGAACAACAAAGCCCACUGGGCUGUCUACAGACAGUCUAGAGCCUUUUAGUGCUGAAACCCCACCAGUAACCAAAGCUCCUGCAUUAGAGUUGAGCACUUCUGCCACCACAGCACAGCCAACUGUAUCAGCUCCAUUACACAAUCUCACUGUCACUCUACCUACAUUCGCUCCAGCACAUUCCACAGAGUUCACCACCGCAGUCAGCGCCCUCAGCACUCUGAAAACAACACCAAUGAGAGGCACUGAAAGCACAGAACCAUCGUUGGCACACACCACCGAGAAAACCAUGCCGACUUCCUUCGCUUCAGCAAAAACGUCUACGACUUACCUCCCAGCGAAACCCAGUGAGACAACUCUCCCCGCAGAACCAGCAUCCUCUGUGCCUGAGACUUCUACGUCAGAGCAACCGGUAACCUCAAAGGUAUCGUUAAUGGAUGUAUCCACAGAAUUAGCCCAGCCAUUGACAACGAUCACAGAGGUGUCUUCUUUUGGAAUUCCUGUAGAAGAGAAAGUGGAAACCGCAGCCACAACAACCUAUCAGCCAAUGUCUACACUCUCGACGUUCUAUACCACUGGUGGACCUUGGUCUCCUGUUGCUGAAUUUUCUGCAGAACCUUCACAUACGUCUGGGUCUGGGACAACACCGACCACCACAUCUACUCAUCCAGCUCAACCAGAAGAUCUUCCUCAAACCACCACCAAAGCUGAAGUACCUCCACUAACCACGCUCACCACUGUUGUACUGUCCCCUACGGCUUCUACCACCUCAACUCUUACUCCAUUAGAUGUUUCAACAACUUAUUCAGCAACUUCUAAAACUUCCGAAACUCCUCCAGCGACAGUGACAACUGCUACCGUAUCUGCAGUCACCAGUGAAAGUUCAACAGAGUCCAGCUUGAGUCAGUUCUCAGAGUCAUCAUCAUCUUCAACCACCUCAACUUCUGCUCACUUCAUAGAGACGCUCAGCACAUCUAUUUUAAGUACAGUUGAGACUGAGACCAAAACCGAAACAACUGCCCAUACCCCAGCAUCAACCCUAUCUGCUACCUCCACUACCUCAGCAAUCAUAGUGGUUCCAGAGAUACCAACUACCACCAUAGUUCCAACUACCACUAUAGUCAGUACAACUGGGCCUACAACUGAGGAAUCUCUCUCAACUUCAGCAGCCACUCAGUGGUUAGUCACCUCCAGCACAACCACCCAAAGCUCCAUCACUGUACAUCCUAAAACUGAGACGACUCAUGUCCCUCCUCCUCACACUGACAGAGCUGCUCUUUCUACUACUGAAGCCACGCAACCAUCAUCACGGUCACCUCCACUGUACACAUCCUCCACAUCACCAGCUGAAAUGUCCCCAAUGACAGAGACGGCAACAGUGAGAGUCACACCCAUACAAAGCUCAACCUCUUCCAUCUCAAGCCCACAGACAUCUGAGACCACUAAGGAAACACCUGUUUCUUCUCCAACAAUCACAGAAAAGACCUCAACAGUUGCAUUAACAACUACGGUGCCAUCUGUCUCUGGUUCUUUGGAAUCAACAGAGCCUGUAUCCCAUACUGCUCCAUCGACUGUUCCUUUAACUGUCCCUUCAGCCCCAGAGAUAUCACCUCAAACACCUGAACCCACAACAGAAACUGGCCCCAUCACACCCACAUUACUCAGCACCACCACAUCAACCACCAGUUCUGCAGUGCCAUACGAUACAACUACUGCUGCUGAAAGAGCUACCUCGUCUACCUCACCUACAUCAGAGCGCCCACCAGACUGGAUGACCUCGACAACACAAAAGACCACAGAACACCCACCUGCUCCUGACACACCCCAAACAGUUACCUCUACAACACUUGAGACAACAAGCCCUCCUAUUGUGACGGAGAUGACGCACUGGAUGACUCCAACAGAGGAGGCUGGUUUAACCACAGUUUCAUCCAUGACCAAAGAGGGUGCUACUCCCAGCAAAAUGUGCACUCCGCCACAUUCAGAGGUGAUAGAUGAGUGCACUAAGCUCAUUUGUGUGAAUGGUCAACUGCUCUUGUUCAACAAGUCCCAGAGCUGCCCCUAUGACCCAAGUCCUCCAAACUGUGGCUUGCUGGGGUUCGCUGUGCUGGUCAAUGGAGACAAAUGCUGUCCAAAGUGGGACUGUCCAUGUCGGUGCUCAGUAUUUCCAGAUCUGAAUGUGGUCACAUUUGAUGGGAAUAAUGUGGCUAUUUUUAAAGCUGCAUCAUAUGUUGUGACACAACUCCCAAAUGAGACAGUUAGCAUCCUGGUGCAGGAGUGCAACAGCUCAGACAACACACUUGUGUGGAAUUUCACUAACCUCUGCCUGGCAGCUCUAAACAUAACACACGAAUCCAAUCAGGUGCUCAUCAAUCGGCUACAGAGACGCCUAUAUGUAAACACAAGAUAUGCAAAGCCACGGUUUAAGAAGUACGGAUUUGAGAUUCUAGAUACAGGCAACAUGUAUCUGAUUCGGAGUCCUGCAGGCCUGAAGAUCCAGUGGUUUCACAGCACAGGCAUGAUGGUGAUUGAGACAGAGACCUACACCCAUAAGCUUUCCACCAUGGGGCUUUGUGGCUGUUGCGAUGGUAAUCCACUGAAUGACCUGACCUUGUCCAAUGGCUCUAUCAUGGCAGAAAGUGAAGAUCCAGCUGUGUUUAUUGACAGCUGGCAAGUUCCUAACACCACCAGUUACAUUAGCCACAGCAGGAGACGGGAGGUCAACUGCUCUACCAGCGACUGCUCUGCCUGCCUCAACAUGCUCAACAACCUCACCUUCACUGCCUGUCAUCCUUUUGUUCCCCCGGCUACGUUCUGUGAAGUUUGGGUGCGAGAUGCCGAGUAUGUAAAUAAUCAUUGCGUGGCUCUUGCUGCGUAUGUUGCUUCCUGCCACAAGUUCAACAUCUGCAUCGAGUGGAGAAGCCCAGACUACUGCCCAUUUAUAUGCCCUGAGUCCCUGAGGUAUCAGGCCUGUCUACCUGCCUGUACAGCUCCAUCAUGUCCAAACCAGGAGUUUGAGUAUGAUGCUGGACAGUGCUCAGGCUUGGCUGAGGGCUGCGUGUGCCCACAAGGAACUCUUCUUCAUCGCCCUUACUCUGCACUCUGCAUCCCACCUAAUAAGUGUGCCUGUACGGAUAGUUUCGGAGCUCCGCGUGCUCUGGGUGAGGUUUGGAAGGCGUCGGUGGAUGGCUGCUGUAUGUACCGGUGUGAGAGUGAUGGCAUUGUGCCUGUAGAGUUAAACUGCAGUGACGUCCCACAGCCAGUCUGCACACGAGCAGGAGAGAUCAGCAUUAGUGUUGCAGAUGACAACAGCUGCUGCCCACAAAGACUCUGUGUCUGUAAUCAGACGAUGUGUGAGCCGGCACCUCUGGCAUGUCAGUUUGGAGAGAAGAUGGUGUUGUACUUCAGGACUGACUCCUGUUGUCCAGAGUAUGCCUGCGAGUGUGAUCCUGACCAGUGUGUGCUGGAUGUUCCUGUGUGUCGUGAGGAUCAGACCUUAAUAGCCACUCGUGCUGAAGGAAGCUGCUGCCUGGCACAUAUUUGCAUUUGUGACAUGUGUCCUGAAGCCAUUCCUGAGUGUGAGGAUGGGGAGCUGCUGAUUGUUGACACAAACAGUACGGAGCGAUGCUGCCCAGUUUACCACUGCUUGUGUGAGCCGUCACGGUGUCCAGUGAUAACUUGUCCAUUCGGAAUGGCUGUCAUCUCCACUGUAAAUCCAGGGCAGUGCUGUCCAUCACAAAUAUGCGAAUGUGCAUGUGAGAAGGUCAUUCAACCAAAAUGUGUCUUGGGUGAGACUUCACAACUAGAUCGAGCAUUUUUGGCAGAACAUGAGAACAAAUGCGGCUGCAAAAGACAUCGGUGUGUUAGAGAUGCAGUGUGUGUGGAUGGAGAGAGGGGUGUGAUGAAGCCGGGUCAGACUCUGAUGGAGCACACUGCCCGGGGUUUAUGUUACACUACGAGGUGCACAAACGUUCUUGACUCUGCCACUGGCUUCUACCGCAUACAAGCAACCAGUACCAACUGCACUGCACAGUGUCAGCCUAAUCAGGUAUAUGUUCCCCCUAAAGACCCGAGUGCUUGUUGUGGAGUGUGUAAGAAUGUGUCCUGUAUUCACCACAAUGAAAACGGCACCCUAGUUUUGUACAAGCCAGGGAAGAGCUGGGUGUCUGACUGCGUACGCUAUGACUGUUCAGACACACAGUCUGGACCAGUACUGAUUUCAUACUCCUACAGCUGCCCUCCAUUCAAUGAGACAGAAUGCAUGAAGAUUGGAGGCACAAUAGUGACAUACAUGGAUGGAUGCUGCAAAACAUGCACUGGAUACUCCCUCUUCCCCUUCCCUGUUAGCACUCUGAAACCCACAAUUAGCACAAACUGUGAACAAGGCAAAGAGGAUGGAAAAUCAUGCCAGAAAGUAACAGUGAGGAUGACGAUACGGAAGAAUGAUUGCCGUAGCAACAGACCGGUGAAUAUAGUGUCAUGUGAUGGCAAAUGUCCUUCAGCGAGUAUAUACAACUACAACAUCAACACAUAUGCACGGUUCUGUAAAUGCUGCAGGGAAAUGGGCCUUCAGCGUCGCUCAGUCCAGCUCUACUGCAGCGGAAACUCUACAUGGGUCAGCUAUUCAAUACAGGAACCUACAGACUGUUCCUGCCAGUGGUCCUAAAGCAAACGUAUACACACACUCAAUACGCCUCAACUCAAACUGCCAGAUUCACAAUACUGUACGUGCAUAUUCUCUUGAAUAUCAAGGGGCAUUCUAGCACUGGUUAAAAAAAGUAAUUUGAUACAUUUUUUACUUUUGUAACUUGAACAGAAAGUGUUACUCAAUAAUAACUGAACUUGAAAAUGUAAUUGCAUUUUACAGGGACAAGUGAAAGAAAUGUGUCUAUUCAUAACUGGUAAACUAUACUGUUUGAAUGGCAGACAUGAAUAAAUGCACCAGUAGUCUUGUAUUGUGUUGUAUAAUCUGUCCACUUUAAAGACACUGAUGUUACUAAGACACGCCAGGAUCCUCAUAGACAGUAUGAACUAGCCAAAUCAGAUCUGGGCUCAUGCUUUGUAUAUAACUAAAUUUACAUUAUUUUUAAAUGAAAGAAAAACAAACAAAACAAACAAAAAAUUAACAAAAUAUCUUUUUAGAAACGUUUCUAGUAAUAUAGUAAAUAUCGCUUUACAAUGUACUGUGUAUUAAGUGAUUCCCAAAGGCUUUUUUUUAUUUGAUCAUGUAUUUUUUUAAAAAUAUCAAGCUACAUUUUGAGCACUUUAUUUAUUACAAUAUGCAAACAAUUUUAAAUUCAUGAAAAAAAACAUUACACGUAAAAUAAUUAUUAAUCUAUUAUUUUCUUUUUUAAACUUAUAAAAUGUAUAAAAAGUUCUACAAGUAUCUACAAAUAUCAUUCUAUAUUUCCCUUUUUGACACACUGUAAAAACGUGGGCAUUAUUCUACUGAAUACUGUUCUACUGACUCUUUAACAGCAGAUUCAAAGCAUUGAGUGGUCCUGUUCCUUUAUUGGUACAAUAGAAAUUGUUUAACAUGAUGGAUUAUUAUGCAAAAAAGGAAUAUUUAUUCAAUAAACAGACCAUAUUAAGUUCAAUGUUUCAAUGUUUGUCAUAAAUGUGCUUAGCUUGAAUUUAUAUAUAUA